AUGUUUGGAUCUUCGCCCAAGGAAGGCGACGCAAUGCCCAAAACUGCCGAACCAAGCUCUGUUCCUUCCGCCGAGCCCUCGUCUAUUGAUGCUGGCACAAGCGCAGACCGUAAAGAUCAGUCUUUGAAGGACCAAUUCCACAGCUCCUCUCCCGAAGCCCGUGAGAAACCGCAGACUCCCAUGCAGAAGCUUGGUAGAACCGAUCCUGCCCUGAGCGUUCCCCAGGGUGCACUCAACAACUCUGCCGGAGAGUCCGAGCCUGGUCCACGAUCCACUUUCAGAGUCGGUGUCACUGAAGAUAAGAACAAGAAAUGCCGAAGAACCAUGGAAGACACACAUGCCUAUCUCUACAACUUCCUCUGCACUCCUGCUCCCGCUCUGGGCUCAGAAACUGCUCAGAAGAGUAUAUCUUCUACCAACUCGGCCAACUCUCAAGAUGUCGUUGAGACUGACAACGGUUACUUUGCUAUCUUUGAUGGACAUGCUGGUAAUUUCGCUGCCGACUGGUGCGGCAAGAAGAUUCACUGCCUUCUCGAGGAGAUUAUUCGCAAGCAUCCGAAUACUCCUAUCCCCGAACUUCUUGACAUGACCUUCACCACUGCCGAUCAGCAGCUGGAGAAGCUUCCUUUGAAGAACAGUGGCUGUACCGCAAUCACUGCUGUGCUUCGUUGGGAAGAUAGAAUACCCAACUCUCAGUCAGCCACAGGCUCUACCGCAAUUGCACCUGCCACCGCUGCCGCUAUCAAGGGUAGCUCGGAUUCAACGCCGAUCAGUGCCGACUCGACACAGUCUCCUGCUGCAAAGCUCCGUGAGGCAGCUUCGCGCCAGCGCGUCCUCUACACUGCCAAUGUUGGCGAUGCACGCAUUGUUCUUUGCAGAAACGGCAAAGCUCUUCGCCUCUCCUACGACCACAAGGGUAGUGACGAAAACGAGGGCAAGAGAAUCGCCGGAGCCGGAGGCCUUAUCCUGAACAACCGUGUCAAUGGUGUUCUGGCUGUUACCCGCGCUCUGGGAGAUACGUACAUGAAGGAUUUGAUUACCGGUCAUCCCUACACCACUGAGACCGUAAUCCAACCAGAUAUUGACGAGUUUUUGAUCCUGGCUUGUGAUGGCGCUCUGGUCGAAUACGCACUCAACCGCUUCUCGACGGACAACCUGACCAUCAUGAUCGUCCGCUUCGACAACCAGGCAUUGCAGCAGACGGUAGAACGCAAGGUGGAGCCUAUUGGUGUUGAUGGCGAUCCGGCCGCACAGAAGGGCGGCGUGAGCGAAGCCGACGCGAUCAUCGCCGAGCAACGUCAGAAGCUUGCAGACAGUGGCGAGCUACUCGACCGCGUACCCAGUGAUAUCAACGAGGAGGAAGAGAAAGUGGACCCCGGACCGGAGCUUAAUAUCGAAGCAGUCGAAGCCGCACGCAAGGAUCGCAAGCCUCAACCACCUGCCGAGGAAGUUGCCCGCGCACAACAGUCUUAG